AUGGCCAAUCGAUCCGACACUUCCAACGCGCCCAAACCGCCCAAAAAAGUCAAAUCGUACGUUUUUUCUUGGCCGAAAACUGUUGAAAUUCAAAUUUUUGGUUGCUUUUUGUGUUCAGUGCUUUUGUGUCGAAAUUCGAAGAGAAAUUAGAGUUUUGCUUUAAAAAUGCGUAUUUCUUCAACGUUUUAUUCCCAAAAAAUACGCCACCCCGUCCGAUUCGUCAAUUUUCAGGAAGAAGCAGAAAAAGAUGAGUUUCGCGCAGGCACAAGACGUCUAUUUGCGUCUGAAACAGGAGAAAGAGGAGGAGAAGGAGCGAGAGCGCGCGGAACGGGAGAAACGGAACGAGACGAUAGCGGCGACGAACAAAUCACGGAAGAAGAUGAACCAGGCGUUGGCGAAGAGGAACAAGAAGGGCCAGCCGAACCUGAACGCCCAGAUGGACGUGCUUCUGGAGAGGAUUCAGAAAAAAGUGGGAAAAGAUUACAAAAAGCAGUGA